AAUUUCGCCUCCUCGCUUCUUAUCUGGUUCGUUUUGUAAUGUUCGUUGUCAAAAACCCUAAAAAUAAAAUUAAAACCCCCCCCCUCUCUGUCUCUCCUCAAAAUCAAAUCGAAUCAAUCAAUCCAUCCGGGAAAUGGCAUCAUCAUCAUCUCAAUCUCGAGUCUUGAAGCUACUACAUUCUCACUCACACACCUCUCUGUCACAAAUACUGCGUCGUUUCUGCAGCUCCGUUAAAGGAUCAACUACUGGUGCUACUUUCAAUUUCGAUGAUGAAAAAGAGAGGAGAUUGCAGAACCAGAACCCUCCGGAUCCCAUACCGAAUAGGCCUUUAAGAGGUGAGAGACCUAACCUUAACAGUAAUCAUAACUCUGGCAAUAUAGGAGGGGGAGGACCUAACCUUAACAGUGAUCAUAGCUCUAGCAAUAAAGGAGGAAGAGGACCUAAGUUUAACAAGAACACUAACAGACCCGCCCGCCCCCAACCAUCUCACCCUCCCUCAACAACCUCUCCUUUUAAUCUUCAACCCCAGACCCAGACUCAUGAUUUUAAUCGUAUCUCUGAUGAUGCUUUUCUCGAUAAAUUCAAGCUUCGUCCUGACCAUAACAACAACGUGAACAAGGAUGCUGCCGCUGCUGAUACUAAGGCUGCUGCUGCUCCUCUUCCUCCCAAAAAUGAACAAGGAAACAGCGCCUCCACUUCCGAGCCCUCACAGGAUGCUGAACAAAUCUUCAACAAGAUGAAGGAAACUGGGCUCAUCCCCAAUGCUGUCGCCAUGCUUGAUGGCCUUUGCAAAGAUGGCCUUGUCCAGGAAGCCUUGAAACUCUUCGGCACUAUGCGCGAGAAAGGCACUAUCCCUGAAGUUGUUAUUUACACUGCUGUUGUUGAUGGCUUUUGCAAAGCCCACAAGUUGGAUGAUGCCAAGAGGAUUUUCAGGAAAAUGCAGUCCAAUGGCAUCACUCCUAAUGCUUUCAGCUACGCUGUAUUGAUUCAGGGACUCUCUAAAUGUAACCUCUUUGAUGAUGCCAUCGACUUCUGUUUUGAAAUGCUGGAGCUCGGUCACUCUCCCAAUGUUACCACCUUUGUUGGAUUGAUUGAUGGCUUGUGUAGGGAAAAGGGAGUCGAAGAAGCCAGGACUGUUAUUGGAACAUUGCGCCAAAAGGGAUUCCAUGUUCAUGACAAAGCCGUUAGAGACUUUUUGGACAAAAACAAACCACUUUCUUCCUCUGUUUGGGAUGCUAUUUUUGGGAAGAAACCUUCACACAAACCUUUUUGACUUUUCUUUGUGCUAUUGUAAUGCUUUGCAAGUUUUCUUUUCUUAUUGUCUUCCUCUACUCUGUAUUUUUGGCUCUCGCCUAUGCGUUUCAGGCGAGGCGAGGCACAGCGCCUUUAUUAGCCUCAGGCGUUGGAUUUCAAUGAAGUGAAGCCUAGGCGACCGCCGACGGCAUUAAGCCUUGUA